ACAUACUGAAAAGGGCCUCUUUCUGCAUUCCUAUAAUUUCGCCAACAUGCUACUUCAGCACCAAUAGCUGGCUGCAAACUUCCCCAUCCCUGGCCAAUAAUGGACAUCAUGAUCCCGUUUCUAGUUUUCUUCUUCCUCGCCCUCGUCAAGUUCAUCAGCCGCCAUGCCACACCAUCGCGCACAAAGCAGCCAGCUCUUCGCCUCCCACCGGGGCCAUGGCAGCUGCCAAUCAUCGGAAGCCUGCACCACCUCCUCCUGUCACGCUUCAGCGAUCUGCCUCACCGGGCACUGCGCGAGAUGUCCGCAAUAUACGGGCCACUCAUGCUCCUCCGCUUUGGCUCCGUGCCUACGCUGGUGGUCUCCUCGGCCGAGGCUGCUAGGGAGGUCAUGAGGACACACGAUAUCGCUUUCUGCAGCCGCCACCUGAGCGCCACCCUCGACAUCAUCAGUUGCGGUGGCCAAGGCAUCCUCUUCUCCCCCUACAACGACCGGUGGCGUCAUCUCCGUAAGGUGUGCAUGCUCGAGCUCUUCAACCAGCGUCGCGUGCUCUCGAUCCGGCCCGUCCGGGAAGACGAGGUGGCGCGCCUCCUCCACAACAUAUCCAGCGAGUGUGGCAAUGGCCACCCCAUCAACCUCAGUGAGGGAAUCUGCCGCAUGAUAAAUGACAUCGUCGUACGCACGUCCAUCGGCGCUCGGUGCAAGUACCGGGACGAAUUCUUGCAUGAGCUCGAUGAAGCAGUGCGGCUGACCGGCGGGUUUAAUCUGGCUGACUUGUACCCAUCCUCGCGGCUCGUGCGCCGGCUAAGCGCGGCCGCGAGGGACAUGGGAAGGUGCCAAAGGAACAUCUACCGUAUCAUCAAGAGUAUCAUGCAUGAGCGUGCUGUCACACCGACGCCGGAGCUAGAGGAGGACCUCCUCGGUGUCCUCUUGAGGCUGCAGAGGGAAGGUGGCCUGCAGUUUGCUCUCACCGACGAGAUACUCAGCACCGUCAUUUUCGAUAUUUUUGCUGCCGGGAGUGAGACGUCAUCAACAGUACUAGUAUGGGCCAUGUCCGAGCUCAUUAAGAAUCCACGAGUCUUGCAGAAAGCACAGUCAGAGGUGAGAGAGACGUUUAAAGGACGAGACAAGUUAUGUGAAGAUGAUAUGGUCAAUUUAAGCUAUCUACAUUUGGUGCUCAAGGAGGCUUUAAGGUUGCACGCUCCAGCACCAUUGUUGCUCCCCCGACAGUGUCGUGAGACAUGUCAAGUUAUGGGUUACGACGUGACGAAGGGAACCAAGGUAUUUGUGAACGUUUGGGCAAUAGCAAGGGACAACAAGUUAUGGGAUGAUGCCGAGGAAUUCAGGCCAGAAAGGUUUGAUGGUAGCAGUAUUGAUUUUAGAGGCACUGACUUUGAGUACACUCCAUUUGGCGCAGGCAGGAGAAUAUGCCCUGGCAUCAUGCACGGGCUGGCGAACAUGGAGCUGGUGCUCGCUAGCCUUCUUUAUCACUUCGAUUGGGAGCUGCCCGUUGGGGUCACCUAUGAACAGCUUGACAUGACAGAGGCCUUUGGUAUAACAGUAAGAAGGAAGUCUAGGCUGUGGCUGCAGGCAAAACCUCGCAUUAAUUUUCUAUCUAAUCCCAAAUAAGUUGUUGAUCUGCGCUAUGAAAAAUAAUUGUAGCUAUGUUUUCUAUUUGCUCCACUAGUCAAUAAAUCGAAGUUACUUAAAUCGUUGCAACACAGAUGGCAAUUAUUGUAUAUUAUCAGUUGUACCACCCGACAAUAAAUACAUGCAGAAUUUGGUACUAUGCAACACAGAGUGCAAUUA